AUGGUUUCACAGACACAGAUCAAUCGGGAUAUGCAAGCUCAAAACAGAAUGCUAGAAACUUCAGUGGCUCAAAUGGCUCUACAAUUGAAUCAACUUACAAAGUCCCAAGGCCAACUUCCUGGCCAAACUAAACAACCACCAAAAGGUCAUAUCAAUGCUGUAACUUUAAGGAGUGGCAAGGAAUUGCAAGAGCCAGAGUUAAGAGUGAACAAAAGCACUGUGGAUGCUCAAGAAGAUGGUGAGGGAAGUAUGUCUGAAAUUGUCACAGAGAAAAAGGCAUUGGAAGAAGAAAAGAAAGAACCUGUUGUUCCUAUUACACCAUAUGUGCCACCAGUUCCUUUCCCACAAAGGUUGGCAAAAGCUAAGCUAGAGAAGAAGUACGGUAAAUUUCUUGACAUACUACAGAAGUUGCAUAUUAACAUUCCAUUCAUGGAUGCUAUAGUUGAAAUGCCUUCUUAUGCAAAGUUCCUUAAAGAUAUUUUGUCAAGAAAGAGAAAAAUUGAAGAGACUUCUACUAUUUCAUUGACGGCAGAGUGUAGUGCUAUCUUGCAAAAUACUUUUCCGAAGAAGCUAGCUGAUCCGGGUAGUUACUCUAUUCCUGUGAAACUUGGUGAUGUUUAG